AUGCGCCACACAGGGGGGCGUCGAGAACCUCCAGGCCCAGGAAGCCACAGCUCCCAAGAAAAUCCUGAGGGGAGGCCGCUGCCCGAGGCCCGGAGACCCGCGCCCCGAGAUCGCGGGAGCCCCCCGGAUAAGCCGGUGCACGCCUCCCGGCCAGGCCUCGCCCCGACGGCCGGGAGAAGCCGUCCCGGGGCGCCAGCGCCGCGCCCAGGCCGCCGGCGCCUUACCUGCGGCCGCAGCCCGGCCCGCUGCGCUUCCGUCCUAUUGUGUCCCCGCCAGCAAGAUGGCGGCGGCCGCGCGGCCCCGCCCCGCGCCUCGCUCCCGGCACCUCUCGCCAUUGGCUGGCCGCGGAGCGCACGCGGACGGGGCGGCCCGUCGGCGCUGUUGCUAGGGCGCCGGGAUUCGCCGCGGCGGCUUCCGGAAGGGGCGGGGUCAGCGGCGGGACGGGGCGGGGGCGCAGGAGGCGUGCUGGCCGCCAGCACUCUGGACAGCCGGUCGUCUCGUUUCUUUCCGGCCCGGGGGUUUGUCGGGGUGCGGGAUUUUCCGCGCCAACAUCGCAACAGCCUGCAGCAAACUGGGAAGCGGUCACCCUCGCAGAUGGAUGGACAGACAGACGGCUGGAAGAGCGGCCGUGGACGGUAUGAAGAUAGUCCUGCAGUGGGUGGAAGGAAACCCAGGGGAAGGCUGCUUCCCAUAAAACAGAAAUUAGAGCCACUGAGGAACUCCAGCAGUGAAGACAGAGGGACAAGAGGUGACCGUGGUGAAAAACCAGAAUGA